AUGUCUGAUAGAAAAAGAUUACCAGAAUUAGCAUUGACUUAUCUAAAAUAUGGAACCGUAUUGCUUGGUACAUGGCCGCCAAAUAGUCGUGCCACAAAAAUAGAAAAAUUUCUAAUAGAGUCAAGGUGGUGGAUGCUAUGUAUCCUAGCUUGGAGCUUGCAGCUUCCAGUACUAUACACGUGCUAUGUGAUAAGAGGAAAUUUCAUGGAUCUAACAAAGAACAUUUGUUUCGGAGCAUCAAUCGCCCAUGGAAUAAUCAAGAUGAUAAUUUGUCGAAUUCAUCGUAAAAAAUACGAGAGAUUAAUCGAGGAGAUCGAGACGUAUCUAGGGCAUGCUACUCCUCGAGAGCGAGUAAUAUUAGAUAUUUGUGUGAAAAAAGCAGCGCCUAUUUAUCUAACAUUCAAUGUAAUAGGAUUUGUAGCAGCAGCCUCGUACGUCUGUGGACCCCUAGUCCUGGAGCAAGAUUUGCCCAUGGAUUUACUGUAUCCAUUUGAAAUUCAUUAUUAUCCUGUUUUUCAAAUAAUCUACACGAUACAAGCAAUAGCAACAAUGCAAUGCGCCGCUGUUGGGCCCAUUGAUGCCCAAGUAUGCAUGCUCUUUUGGUUCGCUAUUGCUCGACUAAAACUACUAGCACAUGAUUUUAAAAAUGUUAUGAGUGUUGAUGACCUAAAUGCCUGCAUUCGAGCACAUCAGCGAAUAUUAAGGUUCAUAUAUUUUUUAAAUUAUCGAUUGAUAACUUUGUGGUUACAGAUUCAAUGGAAGAGCCUGUGA